AUGCUGGCCGAAUCCCAGCAGCGUUGGCGUCGAUCUGCGCUGAAGAUGCCCUUGGAACUGGAUCGUGCGACAAUGGUGACCAUCUUCAUCCUGGCACUGGCGUUGAUCCUCCAAGCGAUCACUGUCUUCACGCAGCUACGCAAGCACAACACCGUCGCCGAUCGGACAGAACUGAUCACUGCUCAAGACCUGGUGGAUGCCAUCAGUCCUCCAGUCGGCACCCCUCCUACCGCAGCACGUACCGCUUCAAAAUGGUGCUGGUCACGAAAGACGAUCGGUGGGCUCGAGAUGGAGAUCGUAGAACGACGACUACUACGUCAUCUGUUCCUGCGUCGCUUCGGAUUGCCACAGCUCUUCCCGUUCUCCAAGUACCUGCGGCGAGCUCAAGCGAACCAGAUCUCACAUAUGAUCGAGGUGGAGCCGUCGAUGUGGGUGCUUUUACUCUUUGUGGCAUGGCUGAUUUGCGGGUUUGUCAGUCUCCUCGAACACCUGAACGUAGAGCUACCUGGGAGUGAGGAAUUAGUGGAAGUUAUCGUGUCAUUUGCGUGGACCUUGGUGGCGCUUCACAUCGCAGCGUUGCUAUACUUCCGCUCGUGUUUGCAUCGAGUACUAAAGACAGCGGGGUACAGUGACGAUGACGCUGUUUUGCCUGCAAAUCUCCGCGCUAUUGCACAAGAGGAGGCGGUUGCAUGGAGGAACGAAGCAGCAGAUAACUCCUUAGAUACCAUGAACCGGGUGCAGGAAGAACUGGAGGAGGUCGAGGCGCGUCGACACGCCGAACGUCACGCGAUUCUCCGGAAAGAUGUCGGUCUUCAACUGGCUGUAACAUGUUGCCGUAACCUUAAGAUGGGUGGAGACGUUAAGCCACGUGAAGCGAGCGGCGUACAACCCGAGUCUCCAGAGAUUCACAUCCCGUUCUUUUCACGGAAAACCUGGCACGUUAUCGUUAUUUUUCAUCUAGUUCUUAACGGUUUCUUUAUCGCACUAUUGGUGCAGUGCGCAGUGUACGAUCGGGACGUUAUUUACGGGGAAUUCGGAUUACUACCCGCUCUCAUGGUCCCACUCCCGUUGGCACUCAACACUUUGGUGUUCCAGCAGCGGAUUUCCAGCUACUUCGUUAUCGUCUGCAGCAUUUUUCGAGUUAACGCCAACACAUUGGGAGAAGUCGUGAACCACUUCAGCGAGAUCGUGGAGCUACGCUCUGAAUUUGCUGCUUCUGUACUUGCGUCUUUAAAGGAGGAUGGCUCGACGAUCGAAUAG